AUGGCGUCGUUGAUCCAAGCAGAACAUGGCGUGCGUCUUUUCGAAUCGAUUCCCAAUGGGUUUCGGGCCCGCAAUGAUCUGCCAUUGAUACGCAAGUUGCUGGACGAAGCCAGGAAGAGUACCGAAAGUCUUCACAAUGAGAGUAGCCAGCGGUCUGAAAUCGAGAUCAUAGGCAGAUGGGGCUACUCCACCGUGAAGACGAACCUUCUGACCGUUCCUCCGUAUUCGGUAGCAGUCAUAGUAAUGUGGGUCUUUGUCAUUUCCUCAGACCGACAUCGUGAAAGAACACUUCACGUCAUGGGGUCGAACGCACUUGUUUUGAUCGGAUGUAUCGUCCUUGGCAGUAUCUCGAUCAAAAAGAUAGGUGUUGGGUAUUUCUGUACCUUCCUCAUCGCGUCGGGAAGUUUCAUUCCGACUGUGCUCUUCCAAAGUUUCGUGCAAAACAACACCACCAAGGAGAAUCAUAGAGCCUUCCGAGCCGCCAUCUGUACCUUCGGAGCUAAUGCAGGUGGCAUCGUGUCCGCCAACAUCUUCUUAUCGCAAUUCGCCCCCCAAUACGUUACUCCAUUGAUUGUUUCUGCGGCUAUGGCGGGCUUAGGUAUCGUAGUCUUGGGAAUUUUGAGGACAUACAUGGUUCUGGACAAUCGUCGUCGUAAUAGGGAACAAGGUGUAAAUUGGACCAGCAAGGACGUUCCAACGGCCGCCCUAAAGGACGGUCCCGCUGGUCCCUCUUGGAGGCAUUUCUACUAG